AUGGAAUUACGGCAUAUCCCCAUAAAGUACAGUCGACGAGCAAAAUUGUACUACGUUCGGUUGUACGGGUUCAAGCUCGUCUCAGGGUUGAUAGAAUAUCACCGACGGAAUAAGAUAGCUUUCGACGAGGAUGGAACCAUGAUAAAACGAGCAAUCAAACGAGCCGAAUGGCAGCUUAAUCACGAACAAAUUGUCAAAACGAAAAAGUUAGGAGAUGGUGCAUUUGGUGAUGUGUACAAAGGUGUACUUCAUUGUGGAUUGAUCGAUUCAAAGGAAGUUGCCAUCAAAACCAUUCUUGGAACGGUCUCGACCGAAGAAAACGAGAAGCUAUUCAGAGAAGCUAUGCUAAUGAGACGGUUGGUUCACCCGAAUGUGGUCAUGUUAGUCGGAGUAGCGUCAAAUGAAGAGCCAGUGAUGAUUGUUAUGGAAUUUGCACCAGGCGGAUCUGUGCUUGACGCCGUCCAACAACAACCAGGGCCGACGAUAUAUGUUCGCAUUAAGUACUGCAAUCAUGCUGCACUUGGUCUCAACUAUCUUUCCAAGCAAGGGAUUAUCCAUCGAGACGUCGCAGCUCGAAACUGUCUGAUUGGCAAGAAUGAUACGGCAAAGAUUUCCGACUUUGGGCUGAGUAUUGUGGGCACACAGAAAAAGGAGAAGACGCUGAAAAAGGUACCAGUACGCUAUUUGGCUCCAGAGACUCUCAAGAAGAGAGAAUACACCGUAAAAACAGACGUAUGGAGUUUCGGAGUCUUCAUGUGGGAGGUAUUCCACGACGGUAGGGAGCCAUAUGGUGAAAUGAAUGCGAAGGAAGUGCGGAAAUAUGUGCUUGGCGGUAACACACUUGACAACGAGUCGGACCACUAUCCUCAACAAUAUGUGCCGCGUCAAUCACAACGUAUACGCACUCUAGUUGAGGAAGAAGAGGGAGGAUUUCGAAAAAAAAGGGAAAAGACAAAGAAAAACAAGUGA